AUUGGUACGUCGGACCUGGGCAGCAGCUUCAAUUCGUUUCGACAUCAUUUGCUCCGGGUAGGAUUGCACGGCUGCACCAUCACCAAUUGCCUUUGUCAACUCAAUCCCACAACACCAAACACACAGUCAAAAUGGGUGGCGGACCUCGUGUCAAGUAUCCCAAGCAUGUCUGGUCACCUGCUGGUGGCUGGUACACCAACCCUCCGAACUGGAAGGCCAACACCGCGAUCAGCCUGUUGGCAAUUAUUGGAGUGACCGCGGUGGUCUGGAAAAUCAGUGCCGAGAAGGAAUGGAGGCCACGCAUGCCCGAGAAGGAUCGCUACUACCCCAGCAGAUAUUGGAGCAAGCAAAUCAUUGAGCAUGAGCGUGCAGAGAGGGAGAAGGAGAAGGCAGCGCAAGAGUCGUCAUAGAAAAAUCCCGACAGCGAGAAGCUUUUCCCUUUACGUUAGCCGUUAAGCUAUUUUAUUCAACUGCACAAAUGCCGUGAAACAGAUGUGACUCCAAAUCCUGUUCGCGUACGAGACAAUCAGCCUUUGCACGCUCGAAGAUAUCGACAAAGCCGAAAUAGA